AUGCAUGAAAACGGAAAGUACCUUACUGCUCGUAUCAAGGGUAAGGAGUACAAGAUCACAGAUAAAGUGUUGCGUGACAUUUAUGAGUUCAAGUCUCAGACGGGGACAUGCCACAAUCCCGCGGGGUUUAAAGUUGACUCGCAUUGGGCACUCCUAUCCCCAUGCGAGAAGUAUAAAAAGACCGUUAGCAUGCAGCAAUACCUUAAGAAUGCCCUCUUUGAAAUACGACUGGACACAAGGCAUCGCCCGAACUUGGGGAAUGUAGUUGAGGAUGUAGCCGAGUACUUUGGGGUUCAGGUUGACGAACCCAAGAUCGCCACUCAUGCCGCCCCGUCCCAAGCAGCAGCCGGUACAUCGACUGGUCCAGCUCCAGCGGCAUCUCAUGACGCCGUCGGCGAUGACAUCGAGGCCGACGAGCGACCUGAUCAUGAGGAUUAUCAGCUUCCCCUAGCGAUGGAUGAGCACUCGACUACAUUUUCCCUGCAGGCCCCCGUUUGGUUCUCCAAGUACCAGGCUCGGAAUGAUGAGCAGCUGAGGUCGAUCCAUUUUGCCGUGAUGUCACACAAUGUAAGGCUCGAGUUAUACAUCGAGCAAAACGAUGCACAUUGGAAGACCUUUGUUGAGUCCAACGAUGAACAUUGGACGGAGCAGAACCGUCGGUGGGAUGACUUCCUCCGAACUACUGAGGAGUACUGGACAGCUCACGAUAAGCGCUGGGACACCUAG